GAAUCUGUUGAACAGUGAGGAGGGCGAAUGGAUAUACUAAGGACUAUCGCGUAUCAGCCUGCAAACAACAAAAUGUGCGAGCACACGCGCAACAAAUCCUGCGAGAUUAAAAGAAAGAAAGCCGACGAGAGUGCUCUCGCUCCCCCGGAGAUGUCGCGGAUCGUCACAGACUCCACGACUGGGAAAUGUUAUUGCCGUGGAAAAGUUCUUGGAAAGGGUGGUUUUGCCAAAUGUUAUGAAUUUACAGACUUGACAACGAAUAAGUUGUAUGCUGCAAAAAUCAUUCCUCACACCCGCGUUUCCAAACCGCACCAACGGGAAAAGAUUGACAGAGAAAUCGAACUGCACAGAAUCCUUCACCACAAGCACGUCGUUCACUUUUUCCACCACUUCGAGGACAAAGACAAUAUUUACAUCCUGUUGGAAUACUGCAGCAGACGGUCUUUGGCUCACAUUCUGAAGGCACGCAAAGUACUGACGGAGCCGGAGGUUCGGUACUACCUCAGACAGAUCGUGUCUGGAAUGAAGUACCUCCACGAACAGGAGAUCCUGCACAGGGACCUGAAGCUAGGCAAUUUUUUCAUCAAUGAGUCCAUGGAGCUGAAAGUGGGUGACUUCGGUCUGGCUGCGAAGCUGGAGCCGCUUGAGAACAGGAGACGGACAAUCUGCGGCACCCCGAACUACCUGUCACCCGAGGUCCUGAACAAGCAAGGGCACGGCUGCGAAUCAGACAUUUGGGCUCUGGGCUGCGUCAUGUACACCAUGCUCCUGGGUAGGCCCCCGUUUGAGACCACCAACCUGAAGGAGACGUACAGGUGUAUCCGGGAAGCUCGCUACUCCAUGCCCACCUCCCUCUCUCCCUCGGCCAAGCUGCUCAUCUCCAGCAUGCUCUCAAAGGUCCCGGAGGACCGACCCAGUCUAGACGACAUCCUCAGACACGAUUUCUUCAUCCAGGGCUACACGCCAGAGCGCCUCUCCGUGUCCUGCUGUCACUCCGCGCCGGACUUCCACCUCUCCAGCCCCGCCAAGAACUUCUUCAAGAAGGCGGCGGCGGCCAUCUUUGGAACGAAGAAGGACAAGGCCAAGUACUGGGAAAGCCUGAAUAAACUCACCAAAGAGGAAGAGGAGCUGUUCAAGCUGCGUCACGAGCUGAAGAAGACCUCCAUUAGCCAGCAGCCCAGCAAGCCCGAGGACGCUAAGCCCGCGGCUGUUCCAGCGGGAAAGCCAGUCGUUCUGGGGAAGGAGAGCGGGAACAAGCAGCAGAUCCGCGACACCAUCCGGAUGAUCGUCCGCGGAACGCUGGGAAGCUCCACCAGCAGCAGUAGCGAAUGUCUUGAAGACAGCACCAUGGGCAGUGUGGCCGACACCGUCACCCGGGUGCUGCGAGGCUGCCUGGAGAACAUGCCGGAAGCCACCGACAUGCCGAAGGACACCCCCGGCUCGACCUUCCCGUGGGUGACCAAGUGGGUGGACUACUCCAACAAGUACGGCUUCGGCUACCAGCUGGCGGACCACAUCGUGGGCGUGCUCUUCAACAACGGCACGCACAUGAGCCUGCUCUCCGACAAGAGGACGGUGCAUUACUACGCUGAGCUGGGACAGUGCUCCGUCUUCUCCACAUCGGACGCUCCUGAACAGUUCGUCAACCAGGUCACCAUCCUCAAAUACUUCGCCCACUACAUGGAGGAGAACCUGAUGGAUGGUGGAGAUUUGCCAAGCGAACCCGAUGCCCACAAGCCCACGCUCUACCUGCUGCAGUGGCUGAAGUCGGACCGCGCGCUGAUGAUGCUCUUCAACGACGGCACCUUCCAGGUGAACUUCUACCACGACCACACCAAGAUCAUCCUGUGCAGCCAGAAGGAGGAGUGCCUGCUGACGUACAUCAACGAGGACCGCGUCUCGGCCACCUUCCGGCUCAGCGCCCUGCUGCUGACGGGGUGCUCGCCCGACCUGCGCUGCCGGCUGGAGUACGCCCUGAGCAUGCUUCAGCAGAGGAGCGGCUGAGCCGUCCGCCGGGGGGGACCCGUUUCAGGGACGGACCGCGCGCGGGCCCGAUUUUGUCCGGGGGACACAUUUUUCGAGGACGGACCUGAGGGCGGGUGCUCAUGAUGGGAGACCCGUUUUUCAGGGACGGGACCGCGCCUGAGGUUGCGCGGGGCCCGAUUUUGUCCGGGGGAAACAUUUUCAAGGACGGACUUGAGGGUGGGGCUCGUGGGGGAACCCCGUUUCAGGGACGGACCGCCUCAGGGUGUGGGGCCGAUUUUUGUCUGGGGACACAUUUCAAGGACGGACUUGAUCCAGUAGGAGGGAAGAGUGGAAUUGAUGAGUAAGAGGAUGAGCGUGGAAGGCUGAAAUUGAGUAGGGAUCAACGGGGGGGGAAGGAGGAACCAAAGGUUUUUCCCGGAUGUUUCCAAGGGGAAGAGUAGAAGGUAAAAGGAGAAGCAAUGCUGGGCUGGAACCAGAUGGACUUUUACAUGAAAUCCAACGGGAUGGUUACAAUUGUUAUUAUUGACAUCUUGCUUUGUUGAAGCAGUGCUGGACCAGUGGACACUGUUCUGUCCUUCUGACUGUGUGUGUGUGUGUGUGUGCGUGGGGAGGGAGUCUUCAGCAGUGUGUGGUGAUACUGUGUAGCUCUCUGUGGAGCAGAGUCAACUGUGAAUACAUUCCAUCAA